AUGCUUGAUAAAAUCCUUUAUAACACAGUGUUAUCCCAAACACUCUCACCUUGCGGGAAGUAUUUGAUCGCCGGCAAUAUUUACAGUCAGUUGGCCGUGUAUGACCUGGAUCGAAUCCUCAAUCCUGUCGUCGAACUUCUCACAUCUGAUUAUAACAAGCCGAAACACAUUCACACUCUUGAAUCUGGGCACCAAAUAUGCAGUUUAGCGAGUACAGAAAAGUUUUUAAUAGUUGGUACAGUUAAUGAAAUAUCAGGCUGGGAUUGGAAAAGUGCAGUGAGUUCAAAACUGAGUAAGCCUUCAUGGGUCAUACGGAUACCUUCUCAUUCGUCUAUGGAACAGACUGAUGUGAAUAGUCUGUGGUUAUCUGAAGAUGAGUCGAGGUUGUAUGCUGGUUGUGGGGAUAACAAUGUCUAUGUUUUCCAUUUGGAAGAUGGCAGACUAGUGUCCACAUUCACGGGACAUAAUAACUUCAUUCAUGCUAUUGAUGGAAAGCACCAACAAUUAAUCACAGCUAGUGAGGAUGGGUGUGUAAUGCUCUGGGACACUCGUACCAGCUCCAGUCACAACAAACUGGAGCCCCACACUAACAGUAAAGUCGCCCGGCCUGAUAUUGGCAAGUGGAUGGGAUCUGUAGCCCUUGGAGAAGACUGGAUUGUCUGCGGUGGUGGUCCUCGCCUAGCUCUCUGGCACCUGCGGUCUUUGGAUGCAGUCACAGUCUUCGACAUUCCUGACCAUGGCAUCCAUGUGUCUUUCUUCCACGAUGACUGUGUCUUCGCAGGCGGAGCAGCCAAGCACUUCUACCAACUCAGUUACUCUGGAGAAAUCAAGGUGGAACUACCAGUAUCAGCCACCACAGUUUACUCUGCAGUCCUAAGAACAAAUCCCAAGGUCCUGGCCAUUGCUGGCUCCAGCCCAGAAAUAGACCUGUGCACCACCUUCAACUAUAGAGAUCAAGUCCUACAUUUUCGAUAG